AUGGAGUUGAUACUAGUCAAUACACUUAGCGAGCAGGUCAACAACUGCGUGAUCCAGGAUAUGUUGAAAUACCCCGAUGAAGGGGCCAUCGUCUUGAAGCAGGGACAGUAUUGUCUGCUGGUGGAUGAUAGCGAUUCCCACUUUCAGUUUGAUAAUAUGAGAAGUGAGUACGAGGGGAGUAAUCGUGAUUUCUGCAAUUCGAUUGUGAAUGGCCAGCAUGAGUUGCGGGCUUGUGGAAAGGCGUUUAAUGCAGCCAAAGAAUCCUGA